UAACUUCCUUUUCCCUCUACGUUCUUUUAUUUUCGGAUUAACGCCCUGACCGCGCCUCAGCCUCGAGGCGUAGGCUAGGUGCUGCUACCCGGUUGCGGCCGGGAGCGUCCAGCCCGUUGGGAGCUUGGGAGCGGGCAGCGCCCCCGCCGAGGACGGCGCGGCCUCCGCGCCGACGCAAUGCACUCACGGGGCGGCCCCCGAGGCAGUGGGUUGUGGUUCCGGUUCCGUUGCCAAGACACGUGAAGGUCGGCGAGUCGGCGCUGAAUCCGUUUCUGCAAGUGUGCUUGAGCUGAGAUGGAUUCCUCCUCCUUGUCCUCCGCGCCGGGUUUGGGCACAGUGGACCCACAGUUGCAGCAUUUCAUCGAGGUGGAGACUCAGAAGCAGCGCUUCCAGCAGCUGGUGCACCAGAUGACUGAACUUUGCUGGGAAAAGUGCAUGGACAAGCCUGGGCCAAAGUUGGACAGUCGGGCUGAGGCCUGUUUUGUGAACUGUGUUGAGCGAUUCAUCGAUACAAGCCAGUUCAUCUUGAAUCGACUGGAACAGACCCAGAAAUCCAAGCCAGUCUUCUCAGAAAGUCUUUCUGACUGAUCUCAGCAUUACCUCUUUGGAAAAGGAAGGUAGUUCAAGAAAUGAAGAGCUGUUCGUGGAACAGUUGAAGAAAUGGCUACCAGGGGCUAACUCCCACCUUUUAUCAUUCUUGGGACAUCUUAGCAUCUGAAAAUGAGCAAAGACCAAAUUUCUGUGUGCGGUUUGAGGUUAUAUGUGCAUUUGGUUAUAUUUUCAAUGCUAAUCUUGUGAAAAUAAUUGAUGGAUGAAUGAGAAAUUAUUAGAUGUGUAUUACUGUAUAUGGGACUGUGCUUUUCUUGAGGUUCCCUUUACUGCUUCCUGUAAUUUUGAGAAUGGAACUGCUUUCUAUAUUUUGAUAGUGGGACUGCAUGGGUAAAAUCUAUUUGUGUGAUUCCAUUUCAGAUUUUUGGGGGAGAUGUUUGUGUCUGUUAGAAAGGACAGCAGUGAAAGAAGAAGAAAUUGGCAGUAAAUUGGGCAUCUUGUCUAGUGAUUGACUGUCAGUAUUGAAAAAAAUCUACAGAGUAUUUGUAUAGUGCAUUUCAGCUUUCUAGGUUAUUUCCCUCCCCUUUAGCAUAAUUGACCAUAUUAAGGUAUGGGUUCAAGAUAGACCAGACAACCUGAGAAUCUAGAUGCCUUUAGUUUUAAAGGAAUCUAGCCAGUAAACACAGUUCUCAUUACUAAAUGGCCACAGGAAGAAGUUAACCUAUCUUGUACAUCAAGGCACAGAAAAUUCAAAGAUGUGCCUAAAGAAAUUAUAAAGAUUCAGGCCAGUCAGAAAUUAAAGGCAAUUUUAUGUAGGGGUGUAUGCCUGAUUUUAAUCAUUGUAGAUUCCAUUGGCUGUAGUUUUUCAUUCAUGGAAAUAAAAAAAUUCUACAAGAUUCAAA